AUGCCAGAAUUUCUGAAGAAACGUUUUGGUGGACGUCGCUUGCGGAUCUAUUUAUCUGCAUUGGCUUUAGUAUUAUAUGUCCUCACUAAAAUAUCUGGGGAACUGUAUGCUGGUGCUAUAUUCAUGCACGAAUUAAUGGGUUGGAAUAUUUACCUGUGUGUUGUACUUAUAUUGGUGGUGACAGCUCUGUAUACCAUAACAGGAGGAUUGACGGCUGUGAUGUACACGGAUACACUACAAACUGUUAUAUUAAUGAUAGGGGCUACAGUUCUAAUGAUUAUUGGUUUAAUAGAGGUCGAUGGAAUGACUGGUUUAAUGGACAGAUAUAUGACGGCAGCAGCAAAUAGUACAAUAGAGAAUCAAACUUUCUACAGAUGUGGUUUACCACGCAAUGAUUCGUUUCAUAUAUUUAGAGAUAUAGAAACUGGUGAUAUACCGUGGACGGGUUCAGUGUUUGGUAUAACUAUUCUUGGAAUAUUGGUUUGGUGCACGGAUCAGAUUAUGGUACAGAGAUGUUUAUCAGCAAAGGAUUUUACUCAUGCCAAGGCUGGUAGUUUAUUUGCGGCCUUUUUAAAGAUAACACCCUUCUUCUUGUGGAUUAUACCGGGAAUGAUCAGCAGGAUUCUUUAUCCAGAUGAAGUCGCAUGUGCCUCACCAGAAGACUGUAAAGCUGUUUGUAGUAAUCCAGCUGGAUGUAGUAAUAUAGCUUAUCCUUUGUUAGUGAUUCGUCUCCUACCCGAAGGGUUACGUGGACUGAUGUUAGCCGCUCUAAUGGCAGCCUUGAUGAGUUCUUUGACCUCAAUCUUCAACAGCGCCAGUAGUAUGUUUACGAUGGAUAUCUGGCGGCGAUUUAGAAACAAAGCCUCCGAAAACGAACUGAUGGUAGUUGGUCGUGUAGCAGCGGGAGCAUGCGUGGGUUGUAGUAUACUGUGGCUGCCGAUACUAGAGAGUACACAAGGGGGUCAACUCUGGAUGUAUCUUCAAGUCAUCUCAUCCUGCAUGGCACCACCGUGGACAGUUCUAUUUGUUCUGGCUAUAUUUUGGAAACGUACAACCGAACAGGGAGCUUUCUGGGGAUUAAUGGCUGGACUAGUGGUUGGUAUGAUACGUUUAGGUUUAGAAAUCUAUUUUACGGUGCCAUUCUGUGGUAGUGGUGAUGCCGAUACCAGACCUUUGAUUCUCAGUAAAGUUCAUUUUUCACAUUUUGCCAUCAUCAUAGCUGGUGUUUGUGGGAUAGUUACAGUAUUAGUUAGUUUAUUAACUGAAGCAAGACCCGAUGAAAAGUUAAGACGAGUCACGUGGUGGACAAGGCAUGACUCCGCGGAGCCAGAUAUAACUGAUUCAGAAGACGAAGAUGAUGAAAACGAGGCUAUGACGAAAGCUAACAGUGAUACUGAUUUAACAACUAAAAUACCCCCUGUGCGUUUAAACCAGGGUGACCACCAUCACCAAGCAUCUCUUAACGGCAACGGAAUAGAAACAAUCAUAAUAGCUAAGAAAUCUUAUCAAGACAUUUUAAAGAAUUGGUUGUGUGGAACUGAGACGGACAGGAAACCGAAGUUAUCAGCCGAAGAACGCGCCAUUAUCAGACAGAAGAUGACGUCAUUAUAUGAAAAUCCACGAAAAAAGAAAAUAUUGGACGUUUUAGGGUUAAUACUAAUGUUAUUUACGGCUUUUAUGUUUGGGAUUUAUUUCUAAAGAUAUUAAAAUCUUCAACUAUUGGUUUUAACUUUAAAUUUGAAAGCGUUUUAA